CAGUUCCGCUUCUGUCCUGGGGUCCCAGCUUCAAUUUUAGCAUCUGGUAUGUUGAACUCAAUGGUAUUGAUGACCCAGAUGUGGUACAGCCCUGCCUCAAUUGGUACAGCAAGUACCGUGAACAGGAAGCCAUUCGCCUCUGCUUGAAGCACUUUCGCCAGCACAACUACACGGAGGCGUUCGAGUCCCUGCAGAAGAAAACUAAGAUCGCCCUGGAACACCCCAUGCUGACCGACCUUCACGAGAAGCUAGUCUUGAAGGGAGACUUCAACGCGUGCGAAGAGUUGAUAGAAAAAGCGGUCAACGACGGCUUGUUCAACCAGUACAUCAGUCAGCAGGAAUACAAACCACGAUGGGGUCAGAUCAUCCCCAAAAGCACCAAAGGUGAUGGUGAGGACAGCAGGCCAGGAAUGAGAGGAGGGCAUCAAAUGGUCAUUGAUGUUCAGACAGAAACCGUUUAUUUGUUUGGCGGCUGGGACGGGACGCAAGAUCUGGCGGAUUUCUGGGCGUACAGCGUGAAGGAAAACCAGUGGACGUGUAUAUCCAGAGACACCGAAAAAGAGAACGGUCCAACGGCUCGGUCCUGUCACAAGAUGUGCAUCGACAUCCAGCGAAGGCAGAUCUACACCUUGGGGCGUUACCUGGAUUCCUCUGUGAGGAACAGCAAAUCCCUGAAAAGCGACUUCUACCGCUACGACAUCGACACGAACACCUGGAUGUUGCUGAGCGAAGACACGGCCGCUGACGGAGGCCCCAAGCUUGUGUUCGACCAUCAGAUGUGCAUGGAUUCAGAGAAACACAUGAUCUAUACCUUCGGGGGAAGGAUUUUGACCUGCAACGGCAGUGUGGACGACAGCCGGGCCAGUGAACCGCAAUUCAGCGGCCUCUUCGCUUUUGACUGUCAGUGCCGGAUAUGGAAACUCUUGCGAGAAGAUUCGUGUAAUGCUGGACCCGAAGACGUUCAAUCCAGAAUAGGACACUGCAUGUUAUUUCAUUCGAAAAACCGUUGCCUGUAUAUGUUCGGCGGACAAAGGUCGAAAACAUACUUGAACGAUUUUUUCAGUUACGACGUAGACAGCGACCACGUGGAUAUCAUCUCGGAUGGCACCAAAAAGGAUUCAGGGAUGGUUCCAAUGACCGGCUUCACUCAAAGAGCUACCAUUGAUCCGGAACUGAACGAGAUCCAUGUGCUGUCUGGACUGAGCAAAGACAAGGAAAAACGGGAAGAGAACGUUCGGAAUUCCUUCUGGAUUUACGACAUCGUCCGAAACAGCUGGUCCUGCGUCUACAAGAACGACCAAGCCGCCAAAGAGAACUCAAACAAGAGCCUUCAGGAAGAAGAACCCUGUCCCCGUUUUGCACACCAGCUUGUGUAUGAUGAAUUGCACAAGGUCCAUUAUUUGUUUGGUGGAAAUCCGGGGAAACCUUGCUCUCCAAAGAUGAGGCUGGAUGACUUCUGGUCCUUGAAACUCUGCCGACCGUCCAAGGAAUACUUGCUUCGGCAUUGCAAGUACUUGAUAAGGAAGCACAGGUUUGAAGAGAAAGCCCAGGCGGAUCCUCUAAGCGCCCUGAAGUAUUUGCAGAACGACUUGUUUGUCACAGUGGAUCACUCGGAUCCCGAGGAAACCAAGGAGUUCCAGCUGCUCGCUUCGGCACUUUUCAAAUCGGCUUCUGAUCUGAGCACAUUGGGUUUUUCGGACGUCGAUCACGUCUACGCCCAACGAACUCAGCUCUUUGACACCCUGGUGAAUUUCUUUCCGGACAACAUGACCCCUCCCAAGGGCAACCUGGUGGAGCUCAUCACCCUGUGACACGAGCCACGUUGUUUGCUGAGCCCGCGGAAGGAAGAGGAAUUUUUUCGAUAUUUUUAAUUUUGUGUGCGUGUGCGUGCGUGCGUGGGGCGCCUGAUUGGGGAACUUUCAGAAAUAGACGCAAGUGGCGUGGGGAGGGGCUUUAUGCAAAUGGAUAAUUAAAAAGGAAUCAGUAACGUUUCCGACAAGGCUUCGGGAUGGAUGGAUGACGGGCAGAUGGAUGGAUGUUCGUUCAUUUGCUCCGUUUCAUUCCUUCGUUCCUUCUCAUUCACUCGACGCUUUUGGAAGAUCGAUGAAUAUGGGCAUCCGGGGUGGGGGCGAGGUGGGUGGAGAUAAAUGGGUGAGGGUUUUUUCUGAGUUGACGGACGUUAUCCUGGGUGAAAACUCAGGGCUUUUGAGGAUGGGGGGGGGGGGGUGUUUUUCUUUUUUUUUAAUUCGAUUGGUUCACAGCAGUUUUAUUCCCCUGGCUGGUUUUUGCCGAUUCGAGCUUGCUUUUCAGCCUGCUAACCCCUCUGCAGCUGAUGCAAGCAUCCUUAGAGUGGGGGGGGCGAGUGGGAGGGCGG